AUGAAGGAAGCCUCUAGAAAUAAUCUUCACUUAGGAUCUACAGCAACCAUUGUUUUGGUAGCAGAUAAUAACAUUUUGGUUGCCAAUAUUGGAGACUUUAAGGCCAUCUUGUGCUCUAAAAAUUUUUAGUCUCCCAAAGAGGCUAACGGUGGUGGUCAAGUUCAAAAUUGGGGUGGUGUGCCUCGCAUAAAUGGUCAGCUGGCUAUUACACGGGCUAUUGGUGAUAUACUCUUUAAAAGUUAUGGUGUUAUAUAUGCACCAGAAGUGAUUGAUUGGCAGCCUCUGACUGCUAAUGAUGGAUAUUUGGUGGUAGCAUCAGAUGGUGUAUUUGAGAAGAUGAAUGUGCAGGAUGUUUGUGAUUUGUUGUGGGAAGUAACAUGAGAUCUGAGUGUACCCCUGCAUCUUAGCAGUUUACCAUCUUAAUAGUUUUAAUCUUUGGUUCUUGACCCGUC